UGGGUACGUCAUCGUGACAUUCACCUGCUGACAGUUGGUCGUUACACCUACACAUCGGAUCAACGCUUCGAAGCGAUGCAUUCGCCGCACGCCGAGGAUUGGACGUUACGUAUACGCUAUGCACAACGCAAAGAUUCGGGCAUCUAUGAGUGUCAGAUAUCAACAACACCACCGAUCGGGCAUUCCGUCUAUCUGAAUAUAGUGGAACCAAUCACUGAAGUUAUUGGCGGUCCAGAGCUACAUAUAAAUAAAGGUUCAACAAUCAACUUAACAUGUAUUGUAAAAUUCGCCCCUGAGCCACCGCCCACUGUCAUUUGGUCACAUAAUAGAGAGGUCAUAAAUUUCGAUUCACCACGUGGCGGUAUAUCGUUAGUAACCGAGAAAGGUGUACUCACUACCAGUCGACUAUUGGUGCAGAAGGCCAUACAACAGGACUCAGGACUUUACACAUGCACGCCAUCGAAUGCAAAUCCUACAUCAGUGCGGGUACACAUCGUUGAUGGUGAACACCCCGCUGCAAUGCAUCAUGGAGACGCCACACCACAAGUCCAACCACCGCCCGCUACUUUCCUACUCUUUUUGGUAUUCCUAGCGGUAUUGCUGUUGCAAGAGCACCCACAGGCAUCACAUAAACGCAAACAACAACAAAACUUUCAGCUGCGACAACGCACUCGAUGGAAGUGGUGGCACAACAUCCAACUAUCGAACGUAAAAUGCAUGGACUGCCAACAUAAAGAGCCACUAACUACAAAACCAACGACAGAGGUGGUACAGUGUCACCUGCCUGGCGGAGAGGAGCAAACAAGGCGUUGCAUACAACAAAAGCUAUUAGUACCACUGUGGGACACGCGAAGAUGUUGGGAAAGCAAGGAGCUAACAGCAGCAACAUAGCCAUCAAAUAACGCUGACAGCGAGCGUAGUAAGUCCACACUCGAAUUGAUGUAAAUUAAGUUCCCCUCCAAUCCUAAAAUACGAUAAAAUAUAAAACGAUAAAUGAAGUACUUUUUUAGGCGCUUUAACUGGAAAGUAAUGUGUAGUUAAAUUACGAGUAUUAUAUAUAAUGUAUUUACGUAAAAUGUAUGCCUGUAUAUGUGUAUGUGUAUGUGAGAUUUAAAAUAUUUCUUUAAUGAAAUUAUCACUAUAAGAACUACAAGACAAGCAGAAGUGACAGCAGCAGUAAGUAAUUAUCACUAGCAAUGUAUGUGAGGAUAAGUUUUUUUUUGUUUUUGUGUAAAACUUAAUGAACAACUUUCAAAACAGAA